AUGACCAGUCCAGAGUACUGGAGCCGGCUACUCAUCGCCCUCUCCAUUGUUGGGGCCGUGGUAGCUACGCUCUUUUACCUUCUUCGGUUGUAUAGGCAUUGCCUUGGUAUCGGGAAGCUGGACGCUGGCGACGUGUUCCUAGGCUUAGGACUGGUAUUGUCUUAUGGCAUUACCAUAACAACCAUCGUCGCUGCAUUGGAAGGCGUUGGAAUAGACCUUUCAACUCUGCCGCGGAGGACUGCCCGUCGGGUAAUAAUGAUGUUCUGGAUAGCCCAGGAAUUCUGGCCAGCCUGCCACGUCUUCAUUAAGCUGUCCAUUAUUGUUCUUCUUCGGAAAUUGCUGGGAUCUGUCAAGAGAAUACUUCCUCUUACACUGUUUCUCGCCGUCUUUAUCAUCGCAUGGGGAUUGGCAGCUCUUGUUGCAAAUACCUUUCAAUGCUGGCCACCGCAGUAUUUUUGGAAUCACGAAAUUGAGGGCCAUUGCGUGAGUGGACAGAAGGCCCUUUUUAUGGCCCUUGGAUCCGUGUCAUUCGUCGAGGAUAUAGUGUUGUUGGCAAUCCCAUUUGCUAUAGUAUGGCGAUUGGAAAUAGCGCCACGAAAGAAAGUACUGCUUACCAUCCUGUUCUGUAUGGGUGGAAUGGUUUGUAUUUGUAGCUUGAUGCGUCUGAUCGCAUUGAGGUAUUACCCAGCAACCAACCUAACUGAAAGCGGCACAAAAGAACGAAUCUGGACGCUCCUAGAAAUUGAUCUCGCCAUUGUCUGUGCCUCAGUUGUGACGAUGCCCCCCUUGUUUGACCGUUGUACCUGGAGGAGCGCCUACCACGAAACAGAAAGUCCCUGGAUAACAGCGGAGCGUACACAGAAGACGGACCGUUGGCCAUUUCAUAAGCACUGCACGAACUUCUCCCAGGAUGGUGGCUCCGAGGUGCGAUCACAGGUCUACCCUCCUGCACCUAUUGAGGUAAGCAAUCACAGAGCAGAUAUAGAAGGACCUUGUAUCAGAGUCGAGACGACUAUUAUCCGGGAUGUUGAUGAUCGCGAAGUGCUUUGGCCACAGGCUGGGAGAACUUCCUUGACUUCAGGGGUACACUCUACUCGUACGGAUGAGAAAGAUAUGAUGGAUGAUAUGUCGAAUGUUGAUUUUAGUGGUGUUGGGUGGGAUUCGGACAAUAGCUAUCCGUAG